AGAACACUCUUCGUUCGACCCUUCCCGCAGCAGCAGUACAGUGUGUUUUAUUUAUCAAUCUGUGUCGCAAGUUUGCAUAGUGAAACGCGUUGAAUCUGCUUUCGGAUCGACGAUUAUUUUCCUUCCAUUAUCUCUGUUGGUGCUGUGCGCUACGCGGAAUCUGAACAGUGCUAAAAGUUCCUAUCUGUAGUGACUGCUGUCUGGUGGCUUCCAUAUUCCAGAUUAGAGAUUGAAACCAUCUGACCGCGGAUACAAAAUGAAGGCCCCGCUGAGUUUUGCACUGCUGCUGAUGGCCGGAUUGACGAUCUGCUGGGCGCAAAAUGAACCCAUCAAUCCAGUCGUCCCCGAAACAACAACGACCGAGCCCCCUCCAACAACAUCAACAUCUACAACGACUACUACUAGCACAUCAACUUCUACAACAACUACAACUGAGCCACCAAAGACAACGACGACUACUGUGGCACCGACAACUACUACUGCGCCUUCUACAACAACAGCUGCGCCACCAAAGCCAACCCCUUUUCCGGAGCCGGAAGUAGGCACCUGGAUCUACACCAACAAAACCAACAACCAGACCUGCGUGCUAACGCAGAUGGCCCUGCAGCUCAACGUGACCUAUCUGGACACUGAUGACAAGCCAGUCACCAGUCUGUACAAUGUGCCGAAAAAUGCUGUCGUCAACAACGGAUCCUGUGCCGACAGUGUCCAAUACAUUGAGCUCGUUUGGAACUUGCAGAACCGCCUAACUGUCAACUUCUCGCGCAACGCCACCCAGCACGAAUUUACCCUAUCUGGACUGAACUUUGUCCUGGUCCUGUCCGCAGAUCAGUUCCCGAACGCUAAGGAAAAUCAAACGCUCACCUUGGCCAACAAUCAGACCUUGUUCAAGACCCCGACGGACAUGUCCUACCACUGCAAUCGUCCCCAGAAGCUGAACUUGACCGCAAGUGAUAACUCCACUUCCACUGUGACCGUUUCCAAGCUGCAGUUCGAAGCAUUCCACAAAAAGCAGAACGGCAAGUUCUCGAUUGCCAAGGAUUGCGACGCCAUCGACACCCCGGACAUCGUCCCGAUCGCGGUCGGGUGUGCGCUGAUUCUGCUGAUCGUAAUCGUUCUGAUCGCCUAUCUGGCUGGGCGUCGCAACACCCGAUCCCGGGGAUACGUGAGCAUGUAAAGCGUGCAUGUAGGGUAAGUACGAUGGAACCUUCCGCGGGAUGCUCUUCUGAUCUGAAAUGUCCGCAAUCUGAACAACCGCUUGCGCUUGCAACCGAUGCCAUCUCCCGUAACUCAAAUAUCAGACCAUUGAAAAUUACCAAUAAGACCAGCCAACGAGUCCAACCAGCGAAGAGCAUCCAGAACUGAUAGAAGAAAAAUUGGUGCGAUUGGAGAUUUCGUAGCAGUAUGAAAAAUGUACUGCUCAUUGAUUACUGUUGGUAGUGAUACAAUUGUUUCGUCUUGUCUUUUCGUUCUUUAUAUCCAUUUCAUAAGAUGUUUAUCAAUUGAAGCAACAACAAAACAUAAAAUUAAUCUCUACAAUUGUUUCCACGAAAAAGUAAAUUAAAGAGGGUAAACAGUAAAAUUUAUCACUAAGCCAUUCUGUAGUUAACGAAAGAGAACAAGAACAAAACUUGCUUGUAGGAUAAAAUAAAGGAAGUGAGUUUUGGUAGCAGCGAAAAGAGAACCAAGAUUGGAGAAACAAAAAAUAAGAUAAAACGAACCUGUUUGUAAUGAUAUACCUUUCUUGUAGUUGGUUAGAGGAAUUUUUAUGAACCAAUAAAUAAAAUAGUUGAUCGGUAGAA